AUAAUCGUAUUAGUGUUUCAGAGACAGUAGAAGAAGAAAGCUUCUUCCUUUUCUUUUGUUUAAUCGCUGAUUUUUUUUAUCCAUUGCGGCAUUUUCGGAUCUCAAAGUUCUUCAUACAGUCCCCUACCAAAAGAAAUGGAGAAACGGAAGAGAGAGUCAUCUGAGAGAAGCUUUGGUGAAUCAGAGUCUGUGUCUUCACUAUCCCAGAAGGAUUCUGAAAUUCAACCUGAGAGUACAAUGGAGUCUCAUGAUGAUGAGAUACAAUCACCAACGGUUUCUUUGGAAGUAGAAACUGAAAAUGAAGAUUUGAAAGAUAGCAUGAAGACUUUAACCGAGAAACUUUCAGCUGCUCUUGCUAAUGUGAGUGCUAAAGAUGAUCUGGUGAAGCAACAUGUCAAAGUCGCAGAAGAAGCUGUCGCUGGGUGGGAGAAAGCUGAAAAUGAAGUGGUUGAGUUGAAGGAGAAGCUUGAGGCUGCUGAUGAUAAGAAUAGAGUGUUGGAAGAUAGAGUAAGCCAUCUCGAUGGGGCUCUUAAGGAGUGUGUUAGACAGUUAAGGCAAGCAAGAGAUGAACAAGAACAGAGAAUUCAAGAUGCUGUGAUUGAGAGAACCCAGGAGUUGCAGUCUUCUAAAACCAGCCUUGAGAACCAGAUUCUUGAAACUGCAACCAAGUCUGAGGAGCUUAGCCAAAUGGCGGAAUCUGUAGCGAAAGAAAACGUGAUGCUUAGACACGAGCUUCUUGCGCGAUGCGAAGAGCUAGAGAUCAGAACGAUUGAGAGGGAUUUGAGCACUCAAGCAGCUGAAACCGCCAGCAAGCAGCAGUUAGAUAGCAUAAAGAAAGUGGCGAAACUUGAGGCUGAGUGCAGGAAGCUUCGGAUGUUGGCUAAGUCAUCAGCUUCGUUUAACGAUCAUCGAUCAACAGAUAGUCAUUCUGAUGGAGGGGAACGAAUGGAUGUGAGUUGCUCUGAUUCAUGGGCAUCAUCCACAUUGAUUGAAAAGAGAAGCCUUCAGGGAACUUCGUCUUCCAUUGAACUUGAUCUCAUGGGUGAUUUUCUUGAGAUGGAACGUCUUGUAGCAUUGCCUGAGACACCAGAUGGGAACGGUAAGAGUGGACCUGAAUCAGUUACAGAAGAGGCUGUUGUUCAUUCAGAGAACUCGUUGGCUGCUGAAAUAGAAGUAUUGACUUCUCGAACUAAGGAGCUUGAAGAGAAGUUGAAAAAGUUAGAAGCUGAGAAACAUGAGCUCGAAAAGGAAGUUAAAUGUAACAGAGAAGAGGCUGUUGUUCAUGUAGAGAACUCGUUGGCGGCUGAAAUAGAAGUACUGACUUCUCGAACUAAGGAACUUGAAGAGAAGUUGGAAAAGUUAGAAGCGGAGAAAAAUAAGCUCGAAAAUGAAUUUAAAUGCAACAGAGAAGAGGUUGUUGUUCACGUAGAGAACUCGUUGGCUGCUGAAAUAGAAGUUUUGACUUCUCGAACAAUGGAACUUGAAGAACAGUUGUUGAAAUUAGAAGCGGAGAAAGAUGAGCUCGAAAGUGAAGUUAAAUGUAACAGAGAAGAGGCUGUUGCUCACGUAGAGAACUCAUUGGCUGCUGAAAUAGAAGUAUUGACUUGCCGAAUUAAGCAACUUGAGGAAAAGUUAUCGAAGUUGGAAGCAGAGAAAGAUGAGCUCAAAUGUGAAGUUAGAUGUAACAGAGAAGUGGAGAGCACAUUGAGAUUUGAGCUCGAAGCUAUUGCUUGUGAUAAAAUGGAGCUGGAAAAUAAGUUGGAGAAGUUGGAGGUUGAGAAAGCUGAGCUGCAAAUAUCUUUUGACACAAUCAAAGAUAAGUAUAAAGAAUCUCAAGUUUGUUUGCAAGAAAUUGAGACGAAGUUGGACCAUAUGGAGGUUGAGAAAGCUGAGCUGCAAAUAUCUUUUGACAUAAUCAAAGAUAAACAUCAAGAAUCUCAAGUUUGUUUGCAAGAAAUUGAGACGAAGUUGGAGGAGAUACAAACGGAGAUGAAAUUGGCUAACGAACUAAAAGCAGAAGUAGAAUCUCAAAUCAUUGCCAUGGAAGCGGAGGCAAUAACUAAAUCCGCAAAGAUUGAAUCUUUGGAAGAAGACAUGAGAAAGGAGAGGUUUGCCUUUGAUGAGCUUAAGAGAAAAUGUGAGGCUCUUGAAGAAGAGAUCUCUCUCCAUAAAGAGAACUCAAUCAAGAGUGAAAAUAAAGAACCCAAGAUCAAACAGGAGGACAUAGAAACAGCUGCAGGGAAACUUGCGAAUUGUCAGAAAACAAUAGCUUCGUUGGGAAAACAGCUUCAAUCUCUUGCAACACUUGAAGAUUUCUUAACUGAUACACCGAGUAUUCCAAUGGCUGCAAAUGGUGUAAGCAGCAGCAGCAGCCUAGAGAGUUGGAAGGUUCACAAGAACGACACUUUCAUGGCGAGAAAUCAUCCCGAGUCUAUCAAACCAACUAAAGAAACAUCUUCAUCUCCUUCUUCCGCAGCUGCUGCUGUUUCAAUGCCAUCAACAAACCGAGGGAGUUCUGAGAAGAAUCGCAAUGGAUUUGCAACAGUAUUCACAAGAAGUAAAGACGGUAUCCAUCUAGCAAUUUAGCAUAACUUUGGCAGUAGGCAAAGAGACUAUCUCUUAGGUUUAAAAGGAUCGUUUUUAACAACACUUUGUUCCUUUUUCCAGAUUUUGAAUCCUUAGUAGUUUAAAAGAUAAUCUCUAGUGUAUGCUGCAGGGAUAUUCCAUAAAAGAAGUUUCUAAUG